UGGAAUCAGAAAGUUUAGAUUGUGAGGAUUCAAACAUGGAGGAUUCUGAGUCAGCAGAAAAACAUUCAGAGGGGGUCAGUCUCUCAGCUUCAGAUGAUGAAGAUGACAGGACAUCUCUUUCCAGCCCUAAAACACUUCGGCUUACAAGCAAGGAGCUGGACAGUGUUGUUCGCAGUAAAGUGAAAGCAUAUUUGGCACGACACCAAGGAGCAGAGUUGAGAGUGAUGAAUGCAAGGAUUCAAGAACUCAUGAAAUCAGAGGAAGAAUGGCGUAACAAAGCCAAAGACUUUGAAAGGAAAUUGACUGAGCUGACUUUAAAGCAGCACAAGCUGGAAAAGCGUAAGGCGCACACUGCAGCUCUCAGGUCGAUCACCACUCGGAACAUUGGUGUUCAAGUCAAUGAAGAAAAGUUGAAAGCAAAUACUCCUCAGAAAAUGUCCAAAACGGUGCCAAGUGGAAACGGAACACCUUUGUCAUCUGCUGCAUCUCCACCAUCUCCUGUCCCAGCCUUGAUGUUGAGCUCACUGCCAGGACAACCCAAAAUUCUGACUCCUGUUUCAUGCACUUCACCACCCAGCAAGGUCACUACUAUCACAAUAGGCCAGAACUUUGGUAAUCGCAACACAAGUGUUGCACAGCUCCUGUCUCAGACUGCACGUAUGCCCACUGCUGCUACCAGCGUCAGUUCCUCAAGCAAGCCAGUAUCUGUCCCCAGUAGUAAUGGUCCUCGGCAACCAUCUACACUGGUACCUGCCAGUAAUGCAUCAGUCCGCAGCCUGCUGGAUCAGGCAAGCAGUCUGUCUAAAGUGACUACCUCAAAUACUAUCUCACCAACAAAUCUGGUCUUUGUGAAUACUUCCCCAGGCAUGCCAUUGGUUAGCAAGGGGAUGGCUUCUGGUGCAGUGGCAGGUUCUGCCAUCCUCACUGCUGCAACAGGAGUGACAACCACCCCUAGUAACAUCAAAGUGAUAGACCUAACCAUGGAAGAUGAUGGUAGUGCUGCAAAACAAGGUGCAAAGCAGAUGCAGGUGGUAGCUUCAUCAGGCCAGAUGCAUAAUUUGAUGCCUCAGCAGAUGGUCAGACAGAUAACACCCAUCAGCCAAGGUAUUCAAGGCCCUACAUCGGCAAUCUUAUUUAGCUCUUCAGCUGGCACUCAGAUAGUGACUGCACCCAAUAUGCCUCGCCCAUCAGGAAUGAUUCAGGUUGUGACAAUUGCCAAUGCAGCACCUUUACGGCCUGGGUCAUUAUUGACUGUGGUGUCUGGUCAGCCAGCACUGGUGCGUCAGCCUAACCCUUCUACCACCGGUGUUUCACGAUCUCAGACUCCUCAGAUUUUGGCUCAGCCUCCACCAGCAAUGACUAUUAUGCGCCCUGCUCAAGUUCUUGGUCUUAGCACUACUGUGCGCCCAUCUUUGGCCACCAGCACCACAACCACUACUGCACGAAUGCCGGUGGUGGCAACUGGUGUUAUUCCCUCUUCAACUGCACCAGUUGCCUCGCAGGAUGCAAAUGUACCCAGCAAGGCAAAAAUUCGCCAUCCAGCUCCUCUUCCAGCAGCAGUCACCUAUCACUUGCCCAACGAGACAAAACCACCACCACCACAGCCUGGACUUAAAAUUUCUCGGGUUAAACAAGGUAUUGUACUAUCAUGGAACAUGACUAUACCAAAGGACUGUGUGGAAAUCGCUUCCUAUCAGCUGUUUGCCUAUCAAGAAACCAGUGCGCCACCUAGUACAUCGCUCUGGAAAAAAGUUGGUGAUGUAAAGGCUCUACCACUUCCAAUGGCUUGCACACUGACCCAGUUUCAAGAUGGCAACAAAUAUCACUUUGCUGUGAGGGCUGUUGACAUCCAUGGCAGGACUAGUAAUUUUAGUGAUCCUGCUUUCAUCUUCCUGUCAAAGACAUCGUAGCUGGACAAGACCUGUUUUGGAAAUAAAGGGCGUUCAGGGGAAAAGUGUGGCCUGCGUAGCUUUUCUCGUGUGAUUCACUUUAAGGUUUUGUCUGCAUGUUUAGACCACAACUACAUCAUUGUUUGCUGCCUUUUUGUCUGGUACUGAAAUUGCCGUAAAAUUGAAAUUUGUUGUGUAUAGCAAACUGUGAACAGUCUUUUCUAAUGCAUGUUUUGACUGUUUUAUGCAUGGUGAGUGAGUAUUUACUGGUUUUUAAUUGUUUAAAUAUUACAUAGUGUUACUUAUUUCUUGCCUGAGCGAGAGAGAGGAGGGUAAGAGGGGUAACUAUGUGUAUGAGUGUAAAGUUUGUUUCCUGGAUGUAGCCUAAUGAUUAGUUUAUAUGUGUGAAAUAUAUUUUUCACAGAACAGUGCUGCUCCAAAUUUGAGACAGAAGUGUUGGAAUUACUGAAGUAACACUUUUAUCGUUGAACUACAAUACGCUUUAUUAAAGGUCUCACAACAUACAGGGGAAGGAGGAAAUUACCCUAAUUGUACAGGGGACAUGACCUUAAUUGUACAGAGAUAAUGCACUAAUGACAUUUGUGUGAGAAGGGAAGAAAACUGGCAGUAAAUAGGAAAAAAACCCAACCUUGGAGACUGAUGAUGAACCUUUUAUUUGAAAAAGAAUUAGAAUUCGGCAUUCUUCAGAAAAUAAACAUGGCCUUUCAAAGCAACUUUAACAAGUCUGUGCACCCAAGGGCAUUCCUUUGCAGCUGCUAAAAAACAUAAUAUGCAUUCAGCAUGAUAAAAACCACUUUUUGCUGCCACACUCAGCCAGCAAAGUGAAUGCUUUAUAUCUCUGCCCACCAAAAUUAAUGUCUUAUUAGUCAUUAACAACAAAUUGAUAUGGCUGUCCUUAGAACUAAGAAAGUUAGACAUUACAUGGUUGUUGUACUGAUUAACAUUCAGCUGCUGUCAUGCCUUACCCUUGUGCUUAUGUUGUUAUUUAAAUGUCCACAGUGAUACCUAUUUCCAUGCAGGUCUGAUGGCCAAGCUGUUAGUUUUAAUGCACAAACUUCUGCUCCACUGAUCUCAUUCUCUGGGAAUGUCGUUUGUAUUUUACCUUCAGUUUCAAAUUAGUUUACAGUGAUAUCCACCAUGUUUUGUUUUUUUUCUGAGGUGACUUUUUUUCCUUUUGAUCAGAGAAUACUCUUAUAAAUAAUAAAUCUUAUAAAUAAUUUCAUGCGAUGAUUUAUUCUCUUCAUUGGUCCUCAGACAUUUCAGUCCUUUGAUGUGUCGUUGGGGGUAAGGACAUAGCAGCUGACAAGGCUUGCCACACUUACCUUUUUUUGGGUGAUCGUGAGAAGGUCCUGUACAGGAUGACCAGUUCAGUCUUUGACGUUUGUUAGCCAGUUCUUCUUCUGGCCACUGCAGCAUCAGCUGCCCUGAAGGAUACUCUUCAACAAGGUGUCGUUUUAGUUCACGUGGCCAAAGAAGAACAGCUUACAUCACUUGGCUGUUGCAAGUAGAGGUUCCUGGCUUUCUACAAGUGUAGCAACCUUGUUCUACACAAAAUCAUUGGUUCUGUUCUCUGAGAUCCAAAAGUUUAACAAAUUUGAGUAUCAUAAGAUGUUUAGAAGUUUCAGUUUAGAAUAUGUGUGAUAGAAAACUACUUUCCUUAUUAUUAACUCUACAGUUUUGUAUUUCUGAUCAUCCACUGAAUAAACCUUUUUUUUUU